AUAUUAAUAAAUUAUUUUCUACGACUUCCAGAUUCCUUGAAGCGGCCAAGCAAAACCGAGCAGAGAGAAAGUGACAAUUGCUGUAGUCGGAAGCGAAGCUUUAAGAGUGCCGUAAGCUCACGGCAAUUUCGGUCAGCAACCUAUUUCCCUGUUGUGAAUAAAAUUGCACUCAGAAAAGGGAAAGCAAAAACGUUUAGCCACGACCAUAAGCUCAAACACAACCGUCAGUUUAUUUUAGUUUUAUUUUUACUUUGAUAUCGUGUAACGGAAUUAAAUUGGCUAUAACACGAAAGGACACAAGUGUUGCGAGGGCAUGUUUAGUGUGAUCGAAAGAGCGGUUAAGUGUCGUCUAUGGCCGAAUCCGUUAACAGUCAAUCGCUCUCUGCAGUGACGGAGGGGCACGACGACAGCACCACAAUAGCGAGUACGGCGCCAGCUACAACCACAACCACAACAGCCGCAGAAGCGGCUUCAACUAAAACGCGUCGCAGCAGACAAUUAAAACAGAAGCAACAAACACAAAAUUCUCCGCAGCAUAAACAAAUUAAGCUACAUUCUUAUAGCAAUAAAAAUAAUAACCAGCAACAACAAACAAACGGCAGUGACGGAAGUUUCGCCAGUGGUAGCAAAAGUAGCUCUAAUAAACCUCAACAGCUACAGCAACAGAAAUCAGCACACACAUCAGCACCAACGUCAAGCAAGUCGUCGGCUGUGGAAAUCGUGAGUAGCAGUGGAAAAAAGCGUGCACAUAGCAAAAAUCGCUCCCCAGCAAUUGGCAGUGGUAGUAGUCCCAACACUAGCAUCAGCAGGAGUCACUCGAGCAAACGUGCAUCGUCCCGUGGAGCUUUGAAUAAUAGUGGUACUACAACAGAGGCUGCUUCAUUCAGUGUCCAGGUUGGAGUCGCACGCAGUGAUCGAAAACGCCACCACGAUCAGCAUCAAUUAAAGCGAACAACUUCAGCAUUAGCAUCUACUUCAGCUUCAGCCACAGUUACAGCUGCUGUCUCAACUACAACCACAACAUUAACUUCACAAGAGAGGAAAAAUAACGAUUCAAGUUCGCCACUUAAGAAGCGCCGUUAUCAUUCUAACUUAUCAGCGACCUCAUCAACGUCAACGCCUACUCCAACAACAACAACUGCGCACUACAACAGUUUCACAACUUCGUCAGGUCUCGAUUCGGGAUCAACAGAAGCACCAGCUUCCACAUCCACAGGUGCCAAUCAGGGUGAUUGUGUUGCACAGCGCACACGCUCCAAGACACUUACCACUGAAGACGCCCACAAUCUUGGUCGCACUACAUCCAAUCAAAGCUACAGGCAUUCAUUACCAUUUGCAUCGGCACCCAAAAGACACGCACGUCGUAGGGGCAGCAGCUUAAACAAAGUCAAAACUGAUAAUAUUAACUUCAACCAGACAGCGACAGCGUCAGCAGCAGCAGUAGAAUCAACGUCGGCUGCAGCACCACGCACCAGUUUCAGCGCUAGUAGUAGCAGCGGUAGUAGCAGCAGCAGCAGCAGCGGCAACGGCAACACAAAAAGUAACUUACUUAAUUAUUUUCGCAAAACACGUAAAAUCAGUCACAGUCGUACUGCAGCGCACAGCAAACGAGGAUCAGCAACUCUCGACGCAGGUGACAACGCCGCCGAUAAUAGCAGCGAUAACAACCAGCGUCAAUAUCAACAACAACAGCAGCAGGCAAAGCAAAUUCGUAAGCUCAACACAACCGCCACCGCUGAGGGUAGGCAACACAAGGCAAAUUCAAAACAGAAUAAAAAUCUUCAGAGUGGCGCAAACAUAGCUACAACUUCAUCGUCGUCUGGCACACGUAAAAGUGAAUGUGGUAGUGGAGAUAAGCGACAACAACAGCACCAGGCUCAACCGUCUCAACAGCACAACACUCGCCGCUUCCUAUCAGUCGUAGGAGGUCGCAUUAAAUUUAACGCGAAAUCGACAGCUGCAUCAGCUGAGACAACAACAACAACAAAUACAAAAGCAAAUCCACAUUCAAAUUCAAAUCAUAGCGCAGCUUCAACUGCCACAGCCGUAGCAGUCAGCAGCUCAGGCAGUAGUGGACAGUCGGGAAGUCGCACCACUUCAGCAGCCACUGGUAGUGGUGCUUCAGCCAGAGUCGACAGAUAUUGCAAAUAUCGCAAGAGCUUACGCAAUUAUCAUCAACUGAUAUCGUUUUCGAACGACGCAAAUACUGCUAUCGAAAGCAACAACACAAAUACGAACGCAAGCGGCAGUUCGUCUACCGCCAAUAACGCCUCCAACGCAUCGAGCGCAUCCAACGCUAAUUCAGUUGACGAGAGUGUUUUAAACGGUGGUGGUGUAAUAACUGUUGGUGCUAUUAACGCCAGCGAGGAGGAAGAAGAAAACUCUGAAGAUAACGUUGAGAUCUACGACGACGACGGCGACGAAGAAGAAGACGGCGACGAUAACGAGGCGGCUGAUUUAGAGGACGAUUCGAUUGUAGCCGAAGGUGACGUCGUUAUACGCGGCGACGGUGACGUUGGGGACGACGACGAAGAAGAAGAGGAGGACGUCGACGACGAAGACGACGAUAUCGACGAAGAGGAGGAAGAAGACGACGACGAUAUCGUUGAAGAAGAGGAAGAAGACGAAGAACUAGCUACAGAGGAUUCUGAGGAAGCUGUUGAAGGACGCCUUGCUGGUACAGCACCCAUUACCGGCGCACCGCUUAUCUACCAGCAGCAGCAUCAGCAGCACCCGCAGCAGCAGCAACAAGCACCGCCGCCGCCCGCGCCGCAGCCGCAGCAUCAACAAAUAGCGCAACAGCCACCGUUGCAUAUACAGCUAAGUGGACGUUAUCAUCACUCGAAUCCGCAUUUGCACCAGCAGCCUCCUCCACCUGUGCCAGCGCUACCGUUGCCCCUCACACACAUACAAACCCAAGCACAGCCACUGCACCGAAUUCCACAUCCGCCGCCUACAGCAUCAGCGGCGGCAGCAGCAGCAGCAGCAGCAGCAGUAGUAGCUUCUGCGCAACAUCAUCAAAUACAUCCGGCGACAAUUGAUAUUGGACUAGGCACCGGCUUGGUUGUUGAUCGUUCGUCGGCUGCUACACCCUCUUUUACGCCACACUUGAACGCACAAAUCGCAGCGCAGCACAGUUACGGGCAAGGUCGCACAGUAGUCGCGGCAGCCGAAGUGGUAGGCUCCAGCUCAACGGCAGGCACAUCGACGGCGGCGGCGACAUCGUUACAUUCUUCACAUUCGCUCAGGCGCAGUUCACGAAGCAAAACGGGUUCUUGCGUCAGCUCGGCAGCGCAACACGGCAGUGGCAGCGGGAGUGGAAGCGGCGCCAGCGGAAGUGGUAUUGGAAGUAGCAGCGCUCUGGGAAGAAUACAUCACAACGCUGCACUCGUAUCGGCGCCAACGCUAUUAGCAGCAACGAGUGGUGGUAGUGGCAGCGGCAACGUUGGCUGCGGCGGCAGUGCCACGCUAAUGACAGCUGCCGCUGCCAUGGAGAACCAUCAUCAAUAUCAUAUCCACCACUCGCACCACGCGCCCGCGCAUGCUCACCUUCAUCAGCAUCAGCCGCACCAUCAUCAACCGCAACCGCAGCAACAGCAUCAUCACAUGCUCCAUCAUUCGGUUGCUGCCGCACCAGGAGGUGCCGUGGUUGUUGCCAUUGCUACAUCACAAAAUCAAAAUCAAAGCAAUACUGCAACGUUAUUGCAUCAGCAACAACAGGCGCAUCAUCGUGGCGCCACUAUCGUGCAACCCGGUUUCCUCUAUAAUUACCGGGCAACUGCUGCCAAUGCACAUUUGAAUGCUGCGAUGUCUUCAUCGUCGUCAUCGUCGAGUCACCUCGUUGGUGCGUCGUCUGCGAGUACUGCCGCCAUCGCCACCGCUAAUGCCAACACUACCACCGCUGCUGCCAACACCGCUAGCGUCGCCACUGUCGCAACGAAUAGUAGCCACAUAAAUAUGAAUGCGCAUAAUAAAGCGAGCGCUUCUGCGGAUGCGUUAAGUUAUAGUUUAAUGGCACAACAACCGCCGACUGGACCGCCGAAUACAGGUGGACAAUCGACCACAGCUAACCUCAGCGUCUCUACCGCCUUGGGCGCCGCCAACACAAAUCUAGCAAAUAACGCAAGUGCGGGAGCUGGUGCGGGUGCCGGUGUGGGCACCGCUUCUGCUGCCGCGACGGCCACAAAUACUGGGGGAACAGGCGCCACCACUGCCGCCACUUCGCACGCCGACUCGGAGAGCGAUGACAGCGAAGUGGGGCGUCUACAGGCGUUAUUGGAGGCGCGUGGCCUACCGCCGCAUCUCUUUGGAGCGUUGGGACCACGCAUGACCCACAUCUUACAUCGCACCAUUGGCAAUAGCAGUUCGUCGAAGGCGCAACAGUUGUUGCAAGGCUUGCAAUCGCACGAUGAGAGUCAACAGCUGCAGGCCGCUAUCGAGAUGUGUCAAAUGCUAGUGAUGGGCAAUGAGGACACGCUAGCCGGCUUUCCAAUCAAGCAGGUGGUACCGGCGCUGAUUACGCUGCUGCGUAUGGAAAACAAUUUCGAUAUUAUGAACAAUGCGUGUCGUGCUCUCGCCUACAUGUUGGAGGCGCUCCCACGUUCCUCAGGUACCGUUGUCGAAGCAGUGCCGGUAUUCCUUGAAAAAUUGCAAGCCAUUCAAUGCAUGGAUGUUGCGGAGCAGAGUUUGACAGCACUCGAGAUAUUAUCGCGUCGUCAUAACAAAGCGAUACUGCAAGCCAAUGGCGUCUCGGCAUGUCUGACCUUCCUAGAUUUCUUCUCGAUCAAUGCACAGCGUGCAGCGCUAGCUAUUACGGCGAACUGUUGUCUAAAUCUGCACCCGGAGGAAUUUCACUUUGUCGCGGAGAGUUUACCGCUUUUGGCUCGGUUGUUGUCGCAGCAAGACAAGAAGUGCGUUGAGAGCGUUUGCUCGGCGUUUUGUCGUUUGGUAGAGAGCUUCCAGCAUGAUCCUAAGCGGUUACAAGAGAUCGCUAGCAAGGAGUUGCUUAAAAAUUGCCAGCAAUUGUUGGUUGUUACACCAACUAUACUGAACACCGGCACGUUCACAUCCGUCGUACGCAUGUUGAGCCUGAUGUGUGGCAACUGCCCUGAUCUGGCCAUUUCGCUUCUGAAGAACGACAUUGCAUCGACACUGCUUUACUUGCUUACUGGCAAUGCAGAGCCCAACACAUCGACCACGUCGCAUGUCGAGCUCAUAACACGCUCCCCAUCUGAGCUGUACGAGAUAACUUGUUUGAUUGGCGAACUAAUGCCGCGGCUGCCUACAGAUGGUAUUUUUACAGUGGACACACUGUUGGAUCGCCCCACACUCAACACUCAGGACCAAGUGCAAUGGCAGUGGCGUGAUGAUCGUGGCACUUGGCAUAACUAUUCGACCAUUGAUUCGCGUAUGAUUGAGGCGGCACAUUUGAAUUCGGAUGACGAGUUCAGUUUGAGUACAUUGGGUCGUACAUACACCGUCGACUUUCAUUCAAUGCAGCAGAUUAACGAAGACACUGGCACAACGCGUCCAGUGCAGCGCAAAAUUAAUCCAAAUUAUGUGCCACCGCCACCACCACCGACUGCAGCGGCUUCAUCAGCUGGGCAGGAUUUGUCGGCUUCUGCGGUGGCCACAGCAAUUACAGCGUUAACCAGCACAGUAGCGAACACAGCGGCAAGCACAUCAGCACAGUCCAGCACACCCAGCACGGCUCCAAAUACGCCUGGCACCAGCAGCGCUCAACAGCGUCGACGCGCAUCGGUGGAUGCACGCAUCGCUUGUCUCAAGGAGGAACGCGGUUUAGCUGCGGAGUUCAUCAAGAACCUCUUCAACGUACUUUACGAAGUGUAUAGCUCCUCUGCUGGCCCCAAUGUACGCUACAAAUGUUUGCGCGCGCUGUUGCGUAUGGUUUACUAUGCCACACCCGAACUUCUGCGAGAUGUGCUAAAGAAUCAGUUGGUCUCCAGUCACAUAGCUGGCAUGAUGGGCAGCAACGAUUUGCGCAUAGUGGUUGGCGCACUGCAGAUGGCCGAGAUUUUGAUGCAAAAGCUGCCAGACGUGUUCGGCACACACUUCCGACGCGAGGGUGUAAUUUAUCAGAUCACGCAGCUCACCGAUCCCAACAAUCCUAUUUGUGCCAAUCCCUCACCCAAGCCGUUACCAGGCACUAGUGGGGGUUCCCAGAGUGCACCUCCAUCUGCGUCCGGUCUGCAGGUGAACCCGUUUUUCAUGGACAGCACGGUGUCAGCAGGCGGCUCAACAACAGCGGGCAACUCUACUCCCAAUUCGUCGAAACCAGGUGCGAGCCAAGGCCAUCACCACCAAUACACAGUGAAAAGCUUUUCACAUGCAAUGAGCGCCUUAACUGCCAACGCAUCGACUCCUGGCAAUGGUCAAAAAGUCACCUUGGCAAUGCCACCAAGCAGCAGUGGUCCUCUGCUAAUGUCACAACUGCCUGCUGGUAGUGUGCAGCCACGUCAGCAAUCCACUGGGUCGCUUGCGCUUACGAUUAACUCCAGCACAGGUAUCACACCACCUGUUGCUGUGAUUGGCGGCGCUGGCACGGCGACCGAGUUGCAUUACCAUUACAGCAGCUCUGCUCCGCCGGCUGCUGGACCACCCACGCACACACAUCUUGCACAGGCACCGAACUUCUUUGUUUACUCCACUAGCGCUGCUGCUCCGCCAUUACCGCCCGGUGAUCCCCGGCAAUACGUGCACGGCCACUUCCACCAUCCGCCACCGCACUUUCAGCCUCAUGCUCCACCACCACCAGCCACACAUCAUGUCGAAAUAAUGCCGUCAUCAUCUGGUGCGGCCGUUAGCAGCAAUCCACCAACUGUAAUGGCACAUCCGCCACCUCAGCAGCAUCUGCCACAAGUGGUGUUCGCGCCGACACCAAGCGGGUGCGAUCCACACUAUCAGAGCAAUAGCGGCAAUAGUGGUGUAGCGGCCACAAGCACAGGCUCAUCCACAGCUUCAUCUUCGUCCGCUUCUGCGUUGCAACACAAGAUGUCCGAUAUGUUGAAGCGCAAGGUCCCACCGAAACGGAAAUCACAAUCUAGCAGUCGCUCAAAGUCGCGCCAGGAAGAAGGAGGCGGCUCCUCCACAUCUUCAAUGCACGAUUUGCUGAGUCGUGCUACAAGUCUUGGCAGCGGCACCGGUCGCAGCACACCCAGCGCCAGCAGUAGCAAAUCACGCUUCAGCGGCGGCGGCGGGGCUACCAGCAGUGCCGGCACUAGCAGCAGUGGAAGUAGUUCGACGAAAACUUCAUUCCUCGCCUCGCUGAACCCCGCACGUUGGGGACGCCAAGGAUCUCACCAUAGUUCAUUUACCAAAGAUGCGGCCAGUUCAAACCACACCGGCAGCGGCAGCAACAACAGUGGCAGCGCUGUUAGUGCAGCACAUUCUGCCAGCCACAGCGCGGGCAGUGCCGCGAAUAGCAUUAGCAAGAGCAUAUCCAAUGCGAACCUCAUUGCAGCAGGCAAUCGUGAGAAGGCACGCCAAUGGGUGCGAGAGCAAGCCAUUGCGUUUGUGAAACGUUACGCCGAACAAGAGAAUGCGAAAGCAGAGGGUUGUGCCGUCGGUAACAGCGGCUCAGCUAGCGCCACAAGCGGCGGCACCAACGUGCUGCAACGGUUAUCCACCAUUAUCUUCAAGCUAAAUGGUAGCUUCCAAGAUUGCUUAGAUGCGCUGCUUGAAUUGAAAACUAUUUUACUAGAAAGUGAUAUUUCACCAUUUGAAGUGAAUCACUCAGGUCUUAUCAAGGCAAUGCUGAAUUUCAUGACUUGCGAAGAUGGCAUCGUGGAACGAGAUGCGCGCUUGCGGGCAUUUAUGCACGUAUUCGCUGGCUUGCCGUUGGAGCCAUUAAAGAAGGUGGGACAAAUGCCGAACAUUGAUGCUGUAGCAUUCAAUGCAUUCGUUGCGAAACUAAAUGGUUGCGUCACUCAGCUGGAACAGUUCCCAGUGAAGGUGCACGACUUUCCCUCCGGCCCUGGCGGACGCUCCAACACAAGUGCGCUUAAAUUCUUCAAUACGCAUCAACUGAAGUGUAACUUACAACGCCAUCCUGACUGCACGAAUCUCCGGCAAUGGAAAGGUGGCACCGUCAAAAUCGACCCUCUCGCCAUGGUGCAGGCGAUCGAGCGCUACCUGGUUGUGCGUGGCUAUGGCGGUAUACGCGGCGAUUCAGAUGAUGAUUCAGAGGAGGAUAUGGAUGACAACGUGGCCGCUGUUGUGAUGUCACAAAGUGGAUUCAAGCACAAAUUACAAUUCAUGAUCGGUGAUCACGUCUUGCCCUAUAACAUGACUGUCUAUCAAGCAGUUAAGCAGUUUUCACCUCUGGUGAAUGAUCAGUCGGAAACUGAUACAGACACCGAGACACCGCUGGGUAAUGCUAGCGUUUGGGUGCAACAGCAUACAAUUUAUUACCGCCCCAUGGAGGAAGAGGCGAGUGUUAGUGCGACAACUAGUUCUACUGCAAGUCUAAAUGUUGGCAAACACGGUGGUGGUGCAUCCUCAUCGGCUGCAGCUGGCACUUCUGGUUCGGGCCUGCAUACACCCACAUGUGGCACAUCAUCUUCUGCUACGUCCACGUCCUCAAAAAAAGGUAACAAAUCAUCGUCCAAGUUGUUGCGCAAGAAGACCGAAUUGUGGCAUGAGGGCAUAGCGCCCAGUACGGUGUCUGCACUUAAAGCAUUCCUUACCAACACACUGCCGCCCGAUGUGGUGACAGUGCAGGAUGCCUCGUUAGAUGCGCUAUGUAUGCUACGUAUAAUAAAUGCGCUCAAUCGGCAUUGGGAGCAGUUGUAUGGCUGCGUGCAUCGCCAGCACAUUGUGCCUCAGUCAGAAUUUGUGCAUCCAAAGAUCACAGCCAAGGCCAAUCGACAGCUGCAAGAUCCACUUGUAAUCAUGACCGGCAAUUUACCGCAGUGGCUACCACAAAUUGGUAUGGCAUGUGCGUUCCUCUUCCCCUUUGAAACGCGCCAUUUGCUCUUCUAUGCAACAAGCUUUGACCGUGACCGCGCCUUGCAACGACUGUUGGAUACGACUCCUGAUCUGAAUGCAGCCGAAUCGUCGGAGCGUGUGGCACCACGCUUGGAUAGGCGGAAACGUGCCAUUUCACGCGAGGAUAUACUAAAGCAAGCUGAGCACAUUAUUCAAGACGUUGGCCAUUCGAAAGCAUUGCUCGAAAUACAAUACGAGAACGAGGUUGGUACUGGACUUGGCCCAACAUUAGAGUUUUAUGCCUUGGUCUCAGCUGAGUUACAGCGUUGUGACCUGGGCCUCUGGAAUGGUAGUGAUAGUUAUAAGCAGAACUCCUCCACUAUAGCGGAUGUAGUGAAAUCGAGCACCAGCGUACAGAUCGAUGAAGUGAGUGACGUGACGACAGCGCAACAAGAAGACAUCGUUACUGUUACAGCGGUAACGAACACAACAGUUGUGCAAGCAAAUAACACAACAACAACAACUGCAAGUACAACCACCGUAACGCGUUCAAGUAGCAGAACUCAUCGCACUGGCGAUGGCCACCAUGGCGGUGCCAGUAAUAGCAGUGGUAGUGGCAUGGGCAUGUCUACACGUAGUCAUCAACAUCAUCAGCAACAACAACAACAACAUCAACAGGCGAUGGAUCAGGUUGGUGGCACAUCGUCGUCAAAUGAGAAUGCCUUGAAUAUGAUAAUUGAGCAACAAAUUGGCGGUGACGAAUUGCAACUACAUAAUAUAACGCAACAGCAGUUGCAACAACAACACCAUAAUCUUUCGCCAUCCGAUGGCGGCGAUAGCACACCGCCUGAAAUCGGCGAGAGUAACUCCUCUGCGGUCACUAUAACGACAAACACAUCUGUGACAUAUGUAAAUUCACCACAUGGACUCUUUCCUAUGCCGCUGGGCAAAUCAUCAAAGUUGCCGCAUGUUUCAAAAUCUAAGGCGAAAUUCAAAUUCCUCGGAAAAUUUAUGGCUAAAGCUGUAAUGGACAGUCGAAUGCUGGAUCUACCUUUCUCAAUACCAUUUUAUCGUUGGCUACUAAAUGAAGAGCACUCAGUCGGUCUGGCCGAUUUGGCGCGUGUUGCGCCCGAAGUACAAAUCACAUUGGUACGUUUGCAGGAUGUGGUACAUGAACGUGAGCUAGUAUUAGCCGAUUCCAAUCUAGAUGCAAUGGAAAAGACUGAAAAGAUCGAAUCACUGGACUUGGAUGGCUGUCCCAUAGCUGACUUGGGCUUAGACUUUGUUUUACCCGGCUAUGCUAACAUUGAGCUGUGUCGAGGUGGACGUGAUACGCCAGUAACAAUACACAAUUUACAUCAAUAUAUCUCAUUGGUGACA